UAUGUCUUUCUGUAUUCAGAAGCAUAAAGGAGGAUGCAGCUAGUCCUGAAAAUAUGUCUGAACUGCAGAAUGUGUCCUUAAAGGAAAAUUCUUCAGAAAACUGUAAUUCUUCUAAAGUGAUUAUGGGGAAUCAUCUGUGUGAUGGUGUUGCUCAAACUAAGGAAGCAGAAGACUCUUCACUGCAUCAGCAGAAAUGUUUCUAUCCAAAAAUAAAAUGGUUUGAAAAUGAAGAGGCUGUUACAGUGAAGGUUCGAAUAGCGAGGAUAGCUGACUAUAAAUGUGAAUUCUCUGAGGAAAAGGUAAUUUUCAGUGCCUGCUCAGAAGGCAAAUUUUACUUGGCUGAUAUGGAACUGUAUCAGUGUAUACUUACAGAAAAGUCUGCAUGUGUGAUUAAGGAUAAAGAGGCUAUUAUUGUCCUCAGAAAAGAGAAAAAAGGAGCAUGGUGCAAGUUACUAAAGAACAAGAAUCCUCAUGUGUCUUUUGACUUUGAUUACUGGGAAGAUUCUGAAGACAAAAGCCCUUUUCCAGUUGGUACUAAAAAGCUGCAUCGCACUGCUGCAGUGGCAGAAGAGCUGGUUGACUUUUCAGAAGACAGUGGUGCAGAAAGUGAUGAGUAAUUGGGACAUGUGUCUAUUUUUUGUUUCUGUUAAGGUUAAUAUUGUAAAG